AUGUUUGGUGCUGACAAGUUGUUCGCUGGUUUUCCGCGGCCUCAUUCCAUGCCCACACCGAAUUCUAACUUGUUUGGAUAUUCUUGCAACAAUCAUCCUGCUCCUGGACUUAUGCCUUCACAUUACGGGCUUCCUGAUGAUACGUUGCCAAUGCUGUUUGCAGCUGGAGGUGGAAAUAUGUUUCUCAAAUCUGCUGCGCCCUCUACGCCCACUUGCAUGUCAGGAAAUGCCAGCAUGUGUUCUAACGACAGCGCAUCGAGUGGUACUUCACCUCCAAACGGCUGUUCUACGAUGAUGCCUCCAAUCGAGACGCCAAAGUCGCCUGUCUCGACGAGAAGACUGCUUGGUACACCAUCACGUCCAGCCUCACAGUUCCUUUCGAAUGAUGUCGAAGUCUUUGCUCGCAAAGUUUUCGUUGGUGGACUUCCUAUCGACGUCACUGAAGACGAAAUCUGGCAAACUUUCUCGAUUUUUGGGAAUGUGCUCGUGGACUGGCCUCGUCGUCCGGAUGGUACCAGCUCUCGGGAUGAAGAUUCGGGAAGAGGAUGUGAGUGGUGUAUUGCGCUCUUGGAAUUGUGCCCCUACAUUUUAGCACGAUCAAUGACUGGCUAUGUGUUUCUUGUAUUUGAGGAAGAGCGUUCAGUACAAUAUCUUGUUAGCGAAUGUCAUAAGGAAGAUGAUCGGUGA